AUGGACGCCCCGCGCUACGGGAGUGAGGACCGCGACACCAGCAGUCCCGCGUCGCGAGUCAGCACGCCCUGCUCCACCUCCUCCAUAAACGUGACCGAGCCCAUGACCUUAACGCAGCACCAGCAGAACCUAGAGACUUUAAACAGGAUGGGGAUGUUCUUCCACGCGCAGCAGAUGCAGCUGAGCCAGCUGGACGCAGUGAAGUCGCGGCUGCUGCCGACGGGCCCGCGGCACACCAUCGACGCCAUCUUGGGGCUCAGCGGCCGGCCGCUGCACGAGGAGCCCGUGCCGGUGUCGCCGGACCCGGACCAGAGUGCCGGUGAAGGCUCGUGCAACAGCAACGACGGGUUCCACGCGGACAAGUCCCCCGCCGCCUCGGACGACGACCCCGCCGCCGACGGCAAGAAGAAGCACCGCCGCAACCGGACCACCUUCACCACCUACCAGCUGCACGAGCUGGAGAGAGCCUUCGAGAAGAGCCAUUAUCCUGAUGUGUACUCAAGAGAGGAAUUAGCGAUGAAGGUCAACUUACCAGAAGUCAGAGUUCAGGUGUGGUUCCAGAACAGGCGCGCGAAAUGGCGGCGCCAGGAGAAGAUGGAGGCGGCGCGCCUCGGGCUGUCGGAGUACGGCUGCGGGGGCGGAGUCCCCAGGCUCGGCGGCCUCGGGCUGCCCGUCGACCCCUGGCUCGCGCCGCCCUUGCUCACCGCACUGCCAGGUUUCCUAAGCCACCCGCCGUCCGGCUACCCGAGCUACCUGACGCCGCCCGCGCCCGCGCCCGCGCCGCCGCCCCCCGACCCGCGCUCCUCCUCCAUCGCCGCGCUCCGCAUGAAGGCCAAGGAACACGUCGAGUCCCUCAGCAAAGGCCUGCAGAUGGUCUAACCCUCUACUCACAUAUGCAGAUGGUUUAACCCUGUUCUUACUUUAAGGCUAAGAUUGAUGUGACUCUGAGCCAACCUUUGAUGAUGCUCCUCCUCCAUUGUGACUCUCAGGAUGAAGGCCAAGGAACUGUAACAUUCGACAUGUGCCACUCAGUAUAGGGCCUACUAUGGUUUUAUCUUGUAGCUACCUUAAAACUUACAUAGACGCGACACUGAAGCAACCUCGCAUCGCAGCAUCGCAUCUGAAAGAAGGCAAAGGAACAUGUUGAAUUACUCAGCAAAAGCCUACAGAUGAUCUAAUCCUGUAGCUCACCUCAAGGCUAAGAUGCUUCCCACCUUCUAGCCUCCUGAGCUUCCGGAUGACGCUGAAUCUCAAGGCCAAGGAAGAAAAAACACGCCGAGUACCUCAGCAAAGACCCGCUGAUGGUCUAGUAUUAUUGGUACUUAGCUCAAGUAGACGGUGCAAAAACAUGGACUUGAACACGUAACUUGGCAAAUAUGGUCUAGUCAUGUUGUGACUCAGCUAAUGGAUGUGAGAAGUCAAAGAACCCAGCAAGAACACCUGAAAGUGCUUUGGACACAGUCUUGAGGAUCUCCAAUUAUAAAAAGUCAGAGGUCAGAGAAAUAGUUUAUAAGACAUCAGGAAUGUGCCCGACAUAUCAGAAAAAAUCAGUCAUCUCCUCCCUCCGUCAUCGAUAUAAGAGACACCAAAUGAGAAAUUAUGUCAAGAAUUUUAAAAUGUGUGUUUUAGUACCCCGGGCACAGAGAAAUGACUGUUCCGUGCGUAUUUCACAUAUAUUAGUUUUGGUUGGCUGCUUAAAUAAGACACAAAAUCGCUUGAAGAAUUUGUAUUGUUGGAUUACACGAAGGGCCGGUUGCUUCAACCCGUCUGUCACCGUUAUAGCGUUCGUUAAAUUUGAUAGUAUGGGAAGUUCCAUAGACAUCUGCUGCGUGGCGAUGAUGUGUCAUGUGGUUUAAAGCAACUGGCCCUAAGUGCGUUUUCACAUUAUCCAAUCCGAUAUCGGAUGUUGGACCGAUAUCCCAUACAUUACAGGCGCCAUCUUGG